AUGGCGAGAGAUAGGAGUUGGAUGGAUAGGGAUAGGGGUUCUGUAGAGUGGCAGGCUGGCAUGAAGGAAUUCCUAGAUUUUGCUUUUGACGGUGCUGAUGAGGACACUUCUGUCCCAUGCCCGUGUAGAAAAUGUGUCAACAUCUGUCCCAAAAAAAGGAGGGAUGUUCACCUUGACUUGCUACACCAUGGGAUGGAUCCUACGUAUACUCGUUGGAUAUACCAUGGUGAAGAAUCUGAUGAGGAAAGCAUGUCCCAAGGAUCUGGUAAUGAAGAGGCGGGAAAUGAUGAUUCUGCUGUUCGUGAUAUGCUCAAUACACUUAUAAGGGGAAGCAACGUAGGAAGUAACACAACUGAUGAAGAGGAGGGUGCUGAUGCUAAUCAUGGAGAUGCUUCGGGCAGUGGUGAACACGACCAGGAGCCAAAUUCAGCUGCCAAGGCCUUCUUUAAUUUAUUAAAGGAUGCCGAAAAAGAGUUGUACCCUGGCUGCAAGGAGGUCACAAAGCUGUCGUUCAUUGUGAAGUUGUACCAAAUCAAGUGCUUGUGUGGGUUGAGCAAUAAAGCAUGUGAUUUAAUACUGCAGUUAUUCUCCGAGGUGCUUCCAAAGGGCCACUGCAUUCCAAAUACUUUAGGAAAAGUUCAGAAGGUUAUCCGAGAUCUUGGGCUCGACUACCAGAAGAUAGAUGCAUGUGUUAAUGAUUGUGUGCUAUUCCGCAAAGAGUAUGCUCAAUUGGAGAGUUGUCCUAUCUGUAAUGCGUCUAGAUGGAAAACUGCUCUUGGCAAUGACCCAAAUGAGGCACCACCAAGUCGUAAAGAAAAGAAGCCGGUGCCUCAGAAAGUUCUGCGAUAUUUCCCCCUUACUCCACGGUUGCAAAGGCUAUUUAUGACAGAAGCCACAUCAUCAUAUAUGCAAUGGCAUAAGAAGGACCGUGUGGAUGAUAAGACAAUGAGGCAUCCUGCAGAUUCUUUGGCAUGGAAGCAUGUUGAUAAUCUGUAUUCUGAUACAUUUGCAAAAGAUGCUCGCAAUGUUAGACUUGGGCUUGCUUCUGAUGGAUUUAAUCCGUUUGGGCUGAUGAGCAUACCACACACAACCUGGCCUGUGAUCCUUAUCCCAUAUAACUUGCCUCCAUGGUUGUGCAUGAAACAACCAUAUUGGAUAAUGUCAAUGAUAAUUCCAGGACCAAAGUCAGCAGGAAAUAACAUCGAUGUUUACUUGCAGCCUUUGAUAGAUGAACUGAAGGAUCUGUGGGUUAAUGGUGCUAAUACAUAUGAUGCCGCGGAGAAGAAAGAUUUCCAGAUGUAUGCAUGUCUCCUAUGGACGAUUAAUGACUUCCCAGCUUAUGCAAUGCUAUGUGGUUGGACCACAAAAGGCAAGUUAGCAUGCCCUUAUUGCCACAAAUAUACAGAUUAUUUAUGGCUGAAAUUUGGUCGUAAACACUGCUACAUGGGACACCGUCGUUUUCUGCCUAGAAACCACAAGUGGCGUCGAAACAAGAGUUUGUUCAACAACAAGGCAGAACAUAGAGAUGCUCCAGUGCCGCUUUCAGGUGCUGAAGUGGUACAACAACAUCAAAGCUUUGAGCAAGUAACAUUUGGGCGAACAAAUAAGAGAAAGAGAGAUGAUAAUAAUAGAUGGCAUAACUGGCGAAAGAAAAGUAUAUUUUUCCAGCUCCCUUAUUGGAAGGAAUUGCUAGUAAGGCACAACUUGGAUGUGAUGCAUAUCGAGAAGAACAUUUGCGAUAGCAUUUUGGGGACAUUGCUUGAGAUGGAUGGUAAAUCCAAGGAUAGUUUAAAGGCUCGUCUUGAUUUGCAGGACAUGAAGAUAAGAAAGGAUCAACAUCCAGAGGUUGGAAAACAUAAGUAUGAACUACCAAAAGCUUGCUAUGCUUUGACUAAGGAAGAGAGGAGAAUGUUAUGCAGGUUCUUGCAGAGCGUGAAGAUGCCCGAUGGCUAUGCAUCAAACAUAAAGAGAUGUGUGGACCUAGAGAAGUGUAAGGUGUCUGGCCUCAAAACUCAUGACUGCCAUGUCAUAUUCCAGAAACUUCUUCCUAUUGCAUUGCGCAACCUUCUGCCAGAAAAGGUUGUUAUCCCAUUGCUUGAGUUGAGUCAAUUCUUUUCUGAUCUUUGUUCCAAGGAGUUGAAAGAAGAAGAUUUAGUGAAGUUGAGCAAAAAAAUUCCAGAAACUCUUUGUCAGCUGGAGAUGAUAUUUCCACCAGCGUUCUUUGAUAUCAUGAUGCAUCUUCCAAUUCAUCUUGCUGAAGAAGCUCGAUUGGGAGGACCUGUCUUGUACAGAUGGAUGUAUCCGAUUGAGCGAUAUUUGCGUACACUUAAAGUGUAUGUGCGGAAUAAAGCUCAACCUGAAGGUUCGAUUGCCGAGGGGUACAUCUUAGAAGAGUGCAUGACAUUUUGUAGUCGGUUCCUCGAUGACACCCAUACUAAACUUAAUCAGCCAGAACGUCAUGAAGGUGCUGCAAUAAAUCAACCAGCCCCAGAGAUUGACAUAAUUAGCACAAUCGAUUACUCUAAGAAAGGUUUUACAUAUGAACCACUCUCGUUUGCUGAGAUGAAUCAAAUUAGACACUACAUAAUAACAAACUGCAAAGAAACCAAGACGUGGGUAAGCGAGCAUCUUGAGGAGCUCAGAAGCAAUAAUUCUCGUAAUGCUGAAAAGAAACACAAAGAAGAGUUCGUAGGCUGGUUUGAGAGACGUAUUACAGAUCUCCAUAAUGAUGGGAAAGUUAGCAGUCUUAUUUAUGCACUAGCUAGAGGGCCUGAUCACCGAGCUCGUAUUUACAACCGGAAGGUUGUAAAUGGAUUUUUCUUUAGAAAUGCCCAUAUAGAAAAGGACUUGGGUACCCAAAAUAGCGGCGUCAUAGUCAAGGGCGAUGAAAGUACUGGCCAUAUUGAUUAUUAUGGAGUGAUCCAGAAAAUAAUAUGUCUUGAUUUUGGUAUUGACAAGGAGGUAGUUUUGUUCCAGUGUGACUGGUUUGAUGUGCCUCCUCCUGAUAGAAAUCAAAGUAGAGGCUAUAAGAAGGAUAUAUAUGGAAAUGUUGAUGUUGACACUACUCAACUCCGAUUUAAAGAUGAACCUUACAUUCUAGGCAUUCAAGCUGAACAGGUUUUUUACGUGAGAGAUGUGAAGAAGCCCAAUUGGGUAACUGUUGUUAAGAUGAAUCCACGGAAUCUAUUUGCCCCUUCUGCUUUGAAUGGUGAAGACCUUGCGGAAGCUGAUGCAGACAUACUGGAUCUUGGAGUAGGCGAAACGACCGUCCCUGACAUAACUGAAGAGAUCACUAGUUGGCGUAGAUCUGGUGUAGAAGGAGCCAGCGGUGAUGUUUCAGUUAUUCAAAGUAUAAAACCUAUUGAGUAUGAAGAAAUUCAAGUUGAAUCAGAUGAUGAUGUCGAAGAUGAUGGGACUUACAUAAAUGAUGGCCAUGUUGCUCCUUUGGUACAGGAAGAUUCAGAUGAUGAUCAAGGAUUUUUUGUAUAG